AACCUGACUUGCUUUUUUCAUGGCACAACCCACAGAACAACCCAUCACAACCACGGCACAACAAUCAACAUUGGCUCUGUGACAUUGGCAAAAAGAAAAGAAAAGAAAAAUAUCAUAGCAAAAAUACCUAAAUAGUAUUGUGAUUUAAUCAUAUAAAUAAAAUUGAUAAUUCAGAUAUUAAUUAAAAAUAUCUGGAUUAAAAUAAAUAUACACCAUACAUCAGUAAUUCCGUAAUAUUACAUUCCAAGUUAUACUCAACUCAUAAAAAGAACCAGUUAAAAUGACAGAUUAUUUUCAAGAAAUGGGGUGGAGAGAAUUACAGGACGGAGAACAACCUAAUCAUUUUUUACAUUUAGCGCGACUUUUAAUGGAUUACAAUAUAUUUGACGAUAAUUUUACUGGAGAAUGGCCCAGACUACCACCGCCUGCCUCAAAGGAAGCUGUUAAUAAAUUACCAGAGAUUGUUAUGUCUGAUGAAGACAAAAGCUGUCCUAUUUGCCUGAAGAACUUUGAAAAGGAUGAAAAAGCUAAAAAAAUGCCAUGUAAUCACAUUUUUCAUCCUAAAUGUAUUUUGGUGUGGCUUGAAAAGACCAACUCAUGUCCUUUUUGCAGACAUGAGCUCCCUACUGAUGAUGAGGCAUAUGAAGCUUUUAAAAAAGAAAAAAAGCGAGCUGAAAAGAGGAAGGAGGAUCUAGAAGUGCUACAUAAUUCUAUGUUUAGUUAACCACACUCCAUAUAUUAUCUUAUAUAGCUAUAUAAGUUACUAUACACAAAUAUAAAUUAAACAAGACUUGUUUCGCAAAUGUCUGGAACUUGUCUUAUAACACUAUUCACAUUUAUAGGUAGAUAUUUUUUGAAAGGGUUACUCUAUAAUAUAUUUUAUGUUGUUAAUCCCUCAGCCUCAGCGGAAUCACAGACACAAUAGAAAAUCUAUUGUGUCGUGGUCUCAUUGGGCCGCUCGGUGGUCAUAGGUUAAAUUAUAGUUAAACAGUUGCAAUGAAAGUAAAAAUACAUAAAAUAUAUGUGUAUAUGCACAUGCUAUGUAUUUCUCACUAUGGGAAUUAAGCAAACUGUCUUGGUACCAAUUUGAGCAAAAAUCCUUCCAGGAUCUUAAGACAAACAGUGUAUAAAGGUAUAUUUGUUGGUUAUUAUUUAUGUUAUUCUAUUUUUUGUUUAUUAAAUAUACACCUGAAAUUAUAAUUAUAAUUUGAAAAUUGAAAAUAUUGAGCAAACUAAGUUUAAUUCUUGGUUAAUUUUUCUGUAGUUUAAAAUAAAAUGGUGUGGUUGUAAAAUGUUUUAUGUUUAUACUGGGUCGAAUAUAAUGGAAUUAAAGUGACUUACAGUAA